AUGGCUUCAUCUUCUAGUCCUCAAGUUUCGAAAGACCGACAGUUUAUAGCUGUCAUUGGUGACGAGGACACUGUUACCGGCUUGUUGCUCGCGGGCAUAGGUCAUGUAACAGCUCCGCCGAAUGUCACCAAGAACUUCCUUGUCGUUGACACGAAGAUCGAGACGGAUAAGAUCGAGAAGGCUUUCGACGAGUUUGUCAAUAGGAAGGAUAUUGGAAUUUUGUUAAUCAAUCAACACAUUGCGGAGAAGAUUCGCUAUAGGGUCGACACAUAUACAGCAGCGUUCCCGGCGGUCUUGGAAAUCCCGUCUAAAGACCACCCGUACGAUCCGGAGAAGGACAGCGUGCUACGCAGGGUGAGGAGGCUAUUUGGGGAAUAGGUGGGGGGGGGGGUUGACUUAGAAUUCUGUUGAAAGGGAGCACGUAUGAAAUAGGGACUAUGGAUGCGGUAAAAAUUGUGGGAUAAAGCUAC